AAGCUGGCCGGGAAGGGGGGGUGCCAUCCCCUUGUGCUGAAUCGUAUAUAAGGAGGAGGGAUGUGAGCACAGUGGUCUGGGCUUCACUGUCCCUCCGGGGAGCUCAGGGGCGGGGCACAAAGAUGCUUCGCUUGGGCUCUGCCAAGCCUGGGUCCUGGGCCAGCUUCUGGGCCAUCCUGACCUUGGUGGGGCUGGCCUCUCGAGCAGCUCAGAGAGCCGAUGUGGGCAGCGAGGCCACGGGCACCCCCAUCAACCACUCCCAGACGCUGCUCCAGCGCUUGCAGGAGCUGCUAAGGCAGGGCAACGCCAGCGACGUGGUUCUGCGGGUGCAGGCGGUGGGUACCGACGAGGUCCGCGUCUUCCACACGCACCGCCUGCUGCUCGGCCUGCACAGUGAGCUGUUCCGGGAGCUGCUGAGGAACCAGAGCGAGGUGGCGCUUCAGGAGCCCCGGGACUGUGCUGCCGUCUUCGACAAGUUCAUCAGGUACCUCUACUGCGGGGAGCUGACCGUGCUGCUGGCCCAGGCCAUCCCCCUGCACAGGCUGGCCACCAAGUACGGCGUGGCCUCCCUGCAGCGCGGCGUGGCCGACUACAUGCGCACGCACCUGGCGGGCGGCGCGGGCCCGGCGGUGGGCUGGUACCACUACGCGGUGAGCACCGGGGACGAAGCCCUGCGCCAGAGCUGCUUACAGUUCCUGGCCUGGAACCUGUCGGCCGUGGCAGCGAGCGCAGAGUGGGGCGCUGUGAGCCCCGAGCUGCUAGCGCAGCUCCUGCCGCGCUCGGACCUGGUGCUGCAGGACGAGCUGGAGCUGUUCCACGCGCUCGAGGCGUGGCUGGGCCGCACCCGGCCACCCCCCGCCGUGGCCGAGCGCGCGCUGCGAGCCAUCCGCUACCCCAUGAUCCCGCCCGCGCAGCUCUUCCAGCUUCAGGCGCGCUCGGCGGCCCUCGCGCGCCACGGCGAGGCGGUGGCCGACCUGCUGCUGCAGGCCUACCAGUUCCACGCCGCCUCGCCGCUGCACUUCGCCAAGUUCUUCGACGUCAACGGCAGCGCCUUCCUGCCCCGCAACUACCUCGCGCCCGCCUGGGGCGCCCCGUGGGUCAUCAACAACCCGGCCCGGGACGACCGCAGCACCAGCUUCCAGACGCAGCUGGGCCCGAGCGGCCACGACGCGGGCCGCCGGGUCACGUGGAACGUGCUCUUCUCGCCGCGCUGGCUGCCUGUCAGCCUGCGGCCCGUCUACGCGGACACCGCGGGCACCGCGCUGCCCGCCGCGCGCCCAGAGGACGGCCGGCCGCGCCUGGUGGUCACGCCGGCCACCAGCGGCGGCGACGCCGCGGGCGUGAGCUUCCAGAAGACCGUGCUGGUGGGGGCGCGCCAGCACGGCCGCCUGCUGGUCCGCCACGCCUACAGCUUCCACCAGAGCAGCGAGGAGGCGGGCGACUUCCUGGCGCACGCCGACCUGCAGCGGCGCAACUCCGAGUACCUGGUGGAGAACGCCCUGCACCUCCACCUCAUCGUCAAGCCGGUCUACCACACCCUCAUCCGGACCCCCAAGUAGCCAAGCGGGGCCGGGGCAGGGACGCCUCAGGAGUGGGAAACAGACGCCUGCCAUGGGUGGGUGGCCCCCCCGGGGUCUGAGGGGGGGGUGUGUGUGGCGAUUGGAGGUGCCUACACUGGCCCCCUGGGUGGCCAGGUGCCGGUGGCCUCGGAGCUGGGGUGGAGGCCAGGUGAGGGGUGGUAGAGCAGGUGCCUGGUUUCCGGAGCUGAUUUCGCCGCUGCCUUGCAGGCCGCGCUCUUGGUUGAAUAAACUGAUGCUCAGAGAGCCGAGGGGAUGCUUGAACCACCCAGCUCCCAGGUAGAAACAGCCCCAGGAGGGUCCCACAGGUGUGGCGGUCCCUUAUCU